AUGGUGGAAUUAGAUGUUUCUGAUGAAGGUCCACAAGUGAAAGAGAAUCACACGUUAUCAAAUCCAUACGCUAAGCCGAUUUUUUCUCGUCUCCGUCUCCGUCUCCGUCUGUCUGUACUCUGUUCUGUGGGUGGGCGUGGCGUAGCUGUGCGCUGUGCUGUUGCUGUGUUGUGGGUGGUUUGGUUCUGUGGUUUGAUAAGAAAAUUGCUCAAUGAUUCACAGAGUUAUCUCUAUGGUCUUAAAGGAUGGAAUAAUCAACUAGUUACUGACUUAGCACAACAGAUAGCGAUGGCAUCUUCACAAAAACUGGGAAUAGAGAUCUAUGUAGAUGAUUACCACUCAGUUACUGUGUUCACUGCAACUAAAGUUGAGGAGGACGAAGGAUGGAAAUCAGGUUUUAGAGCCAAGCAGUUUGAUGAACUCUGCCGUAGCCAUUUCAGAGCACAACAUUUCGGCCCUGAUCCAGAGACUGGUCAGGUUGUCGGUGUGUUUUUACCGAAGCACUGUCAGGGUUUUUGGUUGAGAGGGCAAGUGGUACAGAUAAUAACAAAUACAGACAACAGCUUUGAAUACAAAGUGCAGCUGAAUGAUGAUGAUGUUGUGUUGGUAAAACGCCCGCACCUCAUAACAUUCAACGAGGCUCAGUUGGCGCCGAUGGACGCUCUGAAGCCACCACCAUUGAAGCCAUGGAAACCAUCGACCAAAUUCAUAGGACUGUAUGGAGUGUUGCCUGUCAGUCCUUUGAAUCAAAAGUGUAAGAAUUUUAUCACGGGCGUAUUUCAUAAAGGAUAUUUAUUCUUCAAACAGAAGGCAAAAAUUGGAAACAUGUGGUUCGGAGAUAUAUCUAUCAAGCCAUUUAAUGUUGGUCCAAGGCUUAGUCUAACGGAACAGCUGUUAUCAAAUGGAUUGGUCAAGCAGGUUGAAUGUUUUGAGACAGAGGCUCAACGAUUUUAUUCAGAUUUAUUUUUAGCACUCGAAAGGCAAAAGAAAGCUAAAAAAGAAGAGGAGCGUGAAACAGAAGAGAAAGGGGCGUAUGCAACAAACAGGUUGACAGAGGAGAAAAAAGAAAACAUUUCUUCACAGACUUCGGCAAAGAUUUGCAAAGAACAAAAACAUUCAGCAAGAGAUACAGGAUAUUGUUCAAGUGAAGACUCAGAUUGUGACAAGCGGUUCUUUCGGCCAGACGUUCUUUUGGUUCCUGCUGGGUACGAGAUCAGUGACAACAUAUCACACCAGAACAAGAAGUCACAAAAGAAUAAGGAAGGGCCAAUCUUAAUGAACACCCCAACAAAUUGGUUCAUUAUUCAUGAGCAAAACAAGAUAAAAGAAAAACGCGAAAGACGUUCUCGACCCAAAACAAAUCCAAGUCCAAAGAGUGUUAUUGCAUCAGAAAAUCAUCCUAAGGAAACUUUAGUUCCAGUGCAACAGCCGAUCAGUGAUUAUCAUCCUUACCAGCUCAUUUUUAAACAAAAAAUUGAAAAUUGUUGCGAUGUGAAUACCCAAGAACCUAAAGACAAGUCGAAUGAUAGUAAGAAACGAGUAAGAGCUUUGAAUUUGAAUUAUAAAAUGAACGGAAAAUCUGACGAAUCAGAUGUUAGUAAAAAUGAGCCAAAGACUUUAAACAAAGACAUUUCUGAUAAUAUUGUCAACCACAAACAAGAAAAAGUAGAGACUUCCAAUAAAUCUAAAAAUAACGAAACUGAAACAAGUUACUCCAAUUAG